CAUGCAUCCACAGAAAGUCUCAAAGUUUCCGGAGUGUCUCCCACCUGAACAAAUAAAACCAAAACCAAUUGGAUGAAAAAUGGAUGUCAUGGAAAUGGACGACGGAUAUUUAAGUAAGAACUUCCCAAUGGAUGGAUCGCUCACCCAAGUGAAUUUUCAAAGACAGAAGAAAUCGUGCAGACGUGCGACUUUGUGUCUCGGUUUGCUGUGUGCGAUCCUGCUGGCUGGGAACGUCGGACAAUUUCUCCACUAUGAGCUAUUGCCCUACUUGGCUUCCGAAGACCAGGCUAUCUCAGACCGUCUGACUCAGGAGAAUCUCCAGACUACAAACCAAGUUUUUUAUACAGAACGAAACCAGUUGGAGGCUAGGUUGAAUAAUCUAACAAAGGACCAAGACCAGCUGAAGACCAGCUAUGAUUCUCUGGUGAAGAACCGAGAUGAACUCCUCAGCAGCAAGAAGGCUUUGACCACGGAAAGGGAUGAGUUGAAAGCCGAUGUCAAAGGACUGCUAAGCAACCACAGCCGACUAAACACGGAACACGAUGCGUUACAAACGCAGAUUAGCAUGCUAAGGGCAGACCACGGCCAAUUGCAGGCCAGGUACGAUUCUCUCGUUAAGGAGAAAGACCUCCUUCAAACCAGUAAAACCACUUUGACUGCAGAAAGAGAUGACUUCAAGUCUCGCUUCAACAAUCUCAAAAACGAGAACGACCGAUUACAACGUGAUUACUCUUCACUGAGAAAGACCAAGGACCAGUUACAGUCCAGUUACGACUCCCUCGUUAAGGAAAAAGACCUCCUUCAAACCAGUAAAACCACUUUGGCCGCUGAGAGAGAUGACCUCAGGUCCGGCUUCGAAAACCUCAAAAACGAGAAAGACCGUUUACAAAGCCAUGUCUCUUCCCUGAGAAGCGAGAAAGACCAGUUACAAGCCAGCUACGAUUCCCUGGUUCAGGAGAAGGAGAUCCUUCGAACCGGCAAAACCGCUUUGGCUGCAGAAAGAGAUGACUUCAAGUCCCGCUUCGACAACCUAAAAAACGAGAAUGACCGCUUACAACACAAUUACUCUUCACUGAGAAAGACCCAAGACCAGUUACAGUCCAGUUACGACUCCCUGGCUAAGGAGAAAGACCUCCUCCAAACCAGUAAAGCCACUUUGGCCGCUGAGAGAGAUGACUUUAGGUCCGGCUUCGACAACCUCAAAAACGAGAAAGACCGUUUACAACUUGAUUACUCUUCACUGAGAAAGACCAAGGACCAGUUACAGUCCAGUUACGACUCAAUCAUUAAGGAGAAAGACCUCCUUCAAACCAGUAAAACCACUUUGACUGCAGAAAGAAAUGACUUCAAGUCCCGCUUCAACAAUCUCAAAAACGAGAACGACCGAUUACAACGCGAUUACUCUUCGCUGAGAAAGACCAAAGACCAGUUACAGUCCAGUUACGACUCCCUCGUUACUGAGAAAGACCUCCUUCAAACCAGUAAAACCGCUUUGGCCGCUGAGAGAGAUGACCUCAGGUCCGGCUUCGACAACCUCAAAAACGAGAACAACCGCUUACAACGCGAUUACUCUUCACUGAGAAAGACCAAGGACCAGUUACAGUCUAGUUACGACUCCCUCGUUACUGAAAAAGACCUGCUUCAAACCAGUAAAACCGCUAUGGCUACCGAGAGAGAUGACUUCAGGUUUCGCUUCAGUCAGCUGAAAAACGACAAAGACCUGCUACAGAUCAACUACACCCAGUUAGAGGUUGACAAAAGACAAAUGGAACGGAAUUACUCAGACCAGUUAGAGACCAUUGAACGUUUGUCUCGGACCCGGAUCAUGAUGCUCGAAACCCGAUACACACAAAUGCAAGCCAAUUCCAACGCGAUGCAACUCGGAUACGAGGAGUUACGGAACAAUCACAGCAGCCUGCUAACGGAACACUAUGAACUGCAGACGAACAUCCGCAAGAUGACGACCAAACUGAACGGCAUGCGUUGUCAAAAUGGCUGGAGGAAGUUUGGAACCAGUUGCUACUACAUCUCAAAAACUACUAAGAACUGGAAAGAAAGCAGGAAAGAUUGCAUCCGGAAGGGAACAGAUCUGGUGAUCAUAAACAGCUGGGAAGAACAGAUAUUCGUUACGGGUCUAGUGGGAAAUAACCAACAUGCGUGGAUUGGACUGACGGACAGCGUGACCGAGGGGACUUGGACGUGGGUGGACGGGACUCCUGUCACCACGGCGUACUGGCAGUCCGGGCAACCCAACGACUUCCGGAACCAGGAUUGUGGGGAAGUCCAGAAAAAAGUGUUCAGUAUUUCUGGAGUCUGGAACGAUGAGAGCUGUGCUCUUUCUAAGAACUGGAUUUGUGAGAAUUGAGUGGUCUGGAUCGAACCAUCGUGCUGUGAAGGGAUGCGUGCCAAUCUUGGUUGAAGAAAAGAAUCAUUUUCUUCAUUUUGUUUUUUUUUUAAUUGAAGAUUAAAUAAAUGUUUUUAAUAAUUCAUCCAAUGUAAUUCAGUUGAUGACUAAGAGAAAU